GGCGUCGCCCCGCCCGGGGACGGGCGGGCCCCGCGCUCGGCUGUUUUUGGAGCGCUACUGCGUCACGCGCGAAGGGAGCUUUGCCCGGGCAGCAUGGCUCGCAAGCGCAGGGCGAGAGGGGAGCUGCGGGGACGCGAACCGCGCGGCCGGAGUGCCAAGGGCAAGACCGCGGCCCCGCGUGAGGAGGAGGCGGAUGUCUUUGAAGAUGAGAAACCGGAAGUCCCCAAGAAGAGCCUUGUCUCAAAAGUUUCACAAGGAAGGAAGAAGAGAGGCCGCAGUCACCCGGGGGCCGCGGCAGAUGGUCCCGCAAGGAAGAAAGUGGCCAAGGCGCCUGUCCGAUCUGCAGACCUCAUCGUGAAGGAGGAGGCCGUCAGCGACGGGGAAGAUUCCAGGGACUUUUCAAGGGACUUCAAGAAGGCCCAUCCAAAGAGAGAGGCUACCGUGAAGGGAAGCAGCAGUGAAGGAGAAGAUGAGGAAGAGAGCGAGGAGGACUGGGAAGAGGUGGAAGAACUUGGUGAGCCUGUGCCGGGUGACGUGGGAGGCAGCUCGGCCUUCUCUGCGUCUGUUCUGCCUGCGAAGCCAGUGGAGAUAGAGAUCGAAACGCCGGAGCAGGCCAAAUCGAGACAGAGAAGUGAGAAGAUAAAACUGGAGUUGGAGACGUAUCUUCGGAGGAUGAUGAAGCGCUUCAAUAAAGAAGUUCACGAGAACACACACAAGGUUCACCUGCUGUGUCUGCUGGCAAAUGGCUUCUAUCGAAAUAGCGUCUGCAGGCAGCCAGACCUGCUUGCCAUUGGCCUCUCCAUCAUCCCCACUCGCUUUACCAAAGUGCCACCCCAAGACGUGGACCUCUGCUUCCUCUCAAACCUGGUGAAGUGGUUCAUUGGAACGUUCACAGUAAACCCAGAACUCUCCACCAACGAGCAAGAGGGGCUGCAGGCGACCCUGGAACGGAGGUUCGCCAUCUACUCCGCGCGCGACGACGAGGAGCUGGUCCACAUAUUUCUGUUGAUUCUCCGGGCUCUGCAGCUGCUGACCCGGCUGGUGCUCUCUCUACAGCCAAUCCCUCUGAAGUCACCUGUGGCAAAGGGAACGAAGCUCUCCAAGGAGAGACCCACGGAGCGCACUGGGGGCGCCUCAGAAGCCUCCAGCCAGGUCCCCGGAACCGCAGGCACCCCGAAGUCCAGCCCAGCAGCCGGAGGGGAGGCGCCUGCCCGGGGCCGCCACCAGCCCCGCGCCCGGAGGGCGGAGGAGCCGGCGGGCAGCGGACAGCGGACCCGCGGGGAGCGCCUCCAGCGGGGAGGAGAGGCGGGCGGCCCGGGGACGCUCGGCCUCGGGGGCCGUGGGCGCCGGGUGGCCUCCAGGGUCUCGUACAAGGAGGACAGCGGGAGGUGAGCAGGCCGGCAAGCGGUUUCUGACUUUGAGCUUUCCAGCGGGGAGGCCCGGCGAUCCUCCGCGAGGACUCCGAACCCGGCCCUCCAAAGCGAGGCGGGCCCCGGCGCCCCCAGGACAAAGCCCGGGUCCAAGAGCGACGCAGCACCCCACGUGGGAGGCCACUCGCAGGGCCCUGUGGCGGCCUCAAGCUCCCCGGGCAGCAAGAGGGGCCACACGGCGCCCAGGGGCGCGGCGGAGGCGGCCGGGGUGGACCAGUGGCUGGAGGUGUUCUGCGAGCGCCGGGCCGCCUGGGUGAGCGUGGACUGCGUGCACGGCGUGGUGGGCCAGCCGGCCUGCUACAGGUUCGCCUCCAGGCCCCUCACCUACGUCGUGGGCAUCGACAGUGACGGCUGGGUUCGCGACGUCACUCAGAGGUACGACCCGGCCUGGAUGACAGCGACGCGCAAGUGCCGGGUGGAUCCUGAGUGGUGGGCCGAGACCCUGAGGCCCUACCGGAGCCCGUUUGUGGAAAGGGAGAAGAAAGAGGAUCAGGAGUUUCAGGCAAAGCACCUGGACCAGCCCUUGCCUACGGCCAUUAGCACGUACAAGAACCACCCUCUCUACGCCCUCAAGCGACACCUCCUGAAGUACCAGGCCAUCUAUCCUGAGACGGCGGCCAUCCUUGGGUAUUGUCGCGGGGAGGCUGUCUACUCCAGGGACUGCGUGCACACGCUGCACUCCAGGGACACGUGGCUGAAGCAGGCCAGGGUGGUGCGGCUCGAAGUGCCCUACAAGAUGUGAAAGGCUAUUUCCAACCGGGCCCGGAAAGCCCGGCUCGCCGAGCCCCAGCUGCAGGCCCAGAAACGACUGGGCCUGUUUGGCCACUGGCAGACGGAGGAGUACCAGCCCCCGGUGGCGGUGGACGGGAAGGUGCCCCGGAAUGAAUUUGGGAACGUGUACCUCUUCCUGCCCAGCAUGAUGCCCAGCUGCGUCCAGCUGAAUCUGCCCAACCUGCACCGCGUGGCCCGCAAGCUGGACAUCGACUGCGUCCAGGCUGUCACGGGCUUCGACUUCCACGGCGGCUACUCGCAUCCCGUAACUGAGGGGUACAUCGUGUGCGAGGAGUUCAAAGAUGUGCUCCUGACGGCCUGGGAGAACGAGCAGGCGCUCGCGGAGAAGCGGGAGAAGGAGAGGAGGGAGAAGCGGGCUCUCGGGAACUGGAAGCUGCUGGUCAAAGGCCUGCUCAUCCGGGAGAGGCUGAAGCUCAGAUACGGGCCAAGGUCAAACGAGGCAGUAGCUCCCCACGCAGACGCAGGCGGCGGGCUCUCUUCUGACGAGGAGGAGGGGACCAGUUCCCAAGCAGAAGCCGCCAGGAUCCUGGCUGCCUCCUGGCCCCAGAACCGAGAGACUGCAGAGGAGCAGAAGCCCAGGUGCCUCGGGAGGACCGGAAGGGCGAGGAGGGGGGCCGCCUCCCACCUGUUCCCGUUUGAGAAGAUGUGACGGCCGCCUGCUCCGCAGCGCGCUGCUGCCGGCCCAGCGCUGAGCCCAGGGGGGCGUCCUCUGUGCGGACAAGGGGACAGAAGCAGUGUGCCCGCAGACCUGGCCUGGCCACGUGCAGUCACGGCCCUGGUGGGCUUCAGAGCUUCCUGCUGCCCGAGCCUCGGGCGUGGAGCGCUUUCCCGGAGACCCUCUCCUGAACCCGGACGGACCUGGGUCUUUCCAUCUUUGCCAAUGUGGCCUUUUUUUUGUUUUUUUUUUUAAGUACAGAAACGACUGGAAAUUUUGGACGAUGUGCGCUUAGGAGUGCGCUCGUCCUUCCUUCCUUCCUUCCGGUUCGUCUUCGUGGCUCAGACGCCCGCGCUUCCCUCUGCAGGCCUAGGGGCUUUUCUCCGCAGCCCGCUUCCUCUCCCCUCAGGUCCACUAAUACUGCCUGGCAGCCUCUGCCCUAGGGCAGCGGGAGCGAGGUCCCUGGAUCGUGGCCUUUGGGGGUCUACGUUUGAAGUCGCAUUUUGUGAUGAGAGAAGACUGGAACAGAGAGCUCAGAUCAGGAAAGGAAAAGGAAACCAGGUGACAAUUUAGGAAACGUUGGUCAAAGGGGACCGGCGCUGAACUAGACUUUCUUUCGUGGCUGGAUAAAGCUCCAUGCCUGGUAGAUAUUCAGGAGCAAUAACUUUUAUAAAAUUGUGAGAAAAAAAUAAAGCAUUUAUCUAAAAAGACUUGGCU